GUACCACGUGUUCUUCCCUCUCUGACAGAGACGUGCCCACACUGUCUCCGCGAGCUGACAUAGCGUAAUGUAUAUCAGACUGUUUUAAUCUGUGUCAAUUAAUUCAUUUGUCUUAUAAUUUUCUAGUGAACUGAACCGCCUGGUUCUACAGGUUUCAUAGACGCAUAGCGACCAGACGGCAAGCAGCAGCUGCUGGUAAACUCCCAUGAACUGAUCUCACAGCCUGUCCAGCCAGGCCCAGAUUGUGAACUGUGGAACAAGGUGUAAACUCUGGGGAGUUUUAGGUUUGUCUCCCCAUGACAACGUGUCACCAUGGUGACUGCGGCUCCAGCAGUGAUGCCGAGCGGUGCACCUCUGAUGAUGAGGACGCAGAGCUUGCAGAGAUUGGGCCGUUGCUGACAAAUACAGCUGAAGCUGAGAAAUCAAGAGGUGCGUCAGCAUUUCCUGAUGAGGAUGAGGAUGAAGGAGGUUUGCGGGUGGCUGCACUGCCCAUGCAGGCACACCAUGCCAUGGAGAAGAUGGAGGAGUUUGUGCACAAGGUAUGGGAAGGACGUUGGCGAGUUAUUCCAUACCAUCUUCUCCCUGACUGGCUAAAGGACAAUGAUUACCUGCUGCAUGGACACCGGCCAUCCAUGCCGUCCUUCCGUACCUGUUUUGGGAGCAUCUUCAGGAUUCACACAGAAACUGGAAACAUCUGGACGCACCUGCUGGGCUUAAUUCUGUUCCUGUGCUUAGGCACUCUGACAAUGCUGCGGCCAAACAUGUCAUUCAUGGCACCCGUGCAGGAGAAGGUGGUGUUUGGGGUGUUCUUCCUGGGUGCAGUUCUUUGUUUGUGCUUCUCCUGGCUUUUUCACACUGUCUACUGCCACUCGGAAAAGGUCUCCAGGACUUUCUCCAAGUUGGAUUACUCUGGUAUCGCGUUGUUGAUCAUGGGCUCAUUCGUUCCGUGGCUGUACUACUCGUUUUACUGCUCUCCUCAGCCGCGGCUCAUCUAUCUCUCUGUUGUAUGUGUGCUGGGUGUUGCUGCUAUCAUUGUGGCCCAGUGGGACCGAUUCGCCACCCCUCGCCACCGGUCCACACGUGCAGGAGUUUUCCUGGGCCUCGGUCUGAGUGGGCUCAUUCCCACAAUGCAUUUUACCAUCGCAGAGGGUUUUGUGAAGGCGACGACAGUGGGUCAGAUGGGCUGGUUCUAUCUGAUGGGUGCCAUGUACAUUAGUGGAGCAGCACUUUAUGCAGCACGGAUACCUGAACGCUACUUCCCUGGGAAAUGUGACAUCUGGUUUCAGUCUCAUCAAAUAUUCCAUGUGCUGGUUGUCGCAGCAGCGUUUGUCCAUUUUUAUGGGAUCUCAAACCUGCAGGAGUUCCGCUACGGCCUGGAAGGAGGCUGCACAGAUGAUACACUGCUGUAACGAAAAAUAAAUCACUUGAACUUUGGAUGAAGUCCAAACAAUGAACCUGGACCCGACACAAUGCUGAUUUAAUCAUUUUUAUUAUCUCUUGAAGGAUUUUAACAUUUAUUUGAAUAAGAUGUUUAAUUGUUAAGAUACUUAAAAUUCUUGAUAAAUGAGGUAGUCUUGUGUUAUAUUGUUCUUUACUAUUUCAGUGCAGCACAGAAUUUAUUGUAAAUCACUGGAAUAAAUCAUAAAGCAUUACAGAGGUCUUGAGAGGCACUACCUCCUCCUACACUCUUUCUUCUGAGUGUCCGUGGGUCCUUAAGAUAGGGUGACCAGACGUCCCCGUUUUCCGGGGACAGUUCCGGUUUUUUGGUGUCCAGUCACCGACUGCAGCUGUCCCCGGAAAUGUCCCCGUUUUACAGCACGUUCAAAACAACGAUUACUUUCACCCGCAGAGGGCGCUGCGAGCUACUGUAGCCAUGAAGAACCUGGACGAGAGCAGAGACCUAUUAUCAUCAAUUAUCAAAAGUUACUGGUUUCAAGGUAGUCACAUACUAACUAUACAUGUUAAAACAAAGUACCGGUAAUACUGUUUGUGCGCACUUUAUAACAAAGCAUGAUAUGGUUGCGGGAUUGUUUUGCACACAGUAUUAAACAUUCCUGAAACUUUCGCCGUCACAACUCCGAUAUGAAUAAUAUAAAAAAUAAUAAACUAAACAAUUAACACUUGCAGAAAGCACAUACUUUGUGGUCAA